UCGCUUCUCUUUUCCGGUUUUCGCCGCCGCCGCCGCCGCCGCCGUCGCCAUGAGCAGCAAAGUCUCUCGCGACACCCUGUACGAGGCGGUGCGGGAGGUCCUGCACGGGAACCAGCGCAAACGCCGCAAGUUCCUGGAGACGGUGGAGCUGCAGAUCAGCCUGAAGAACUACGACCCUCAGAAGGACAAGCGCUUCUCGGGCACCGUCAGGCUCAAGUCCACGCCGCGCCCCAAGUUCUCGGUGUGCGUCCUGGGGGACCAGCAGCACUGUGAUGAGGCCAAGGCCGUGGACAUCCCCCACAUGGACAUCGAGGCGCUCAAGAAGCUGAACAAGAACAAGAAGCUAGUCAAAAAGCUCGCCAAGAAGUACGAUGCCUUUUUGGCCUCCGAGUCUCUGAUCAAGCAGAUCCCUCGUAUCCUGGGCCCAGGCCUCAACAAGGCUGGCAAGUUCCCUUCCCUGCUGACACACAAUGAAAACAUGGUGGCCAAAGUGGAUGAGGUGAAAUCCACGAUCAAGUUCCAGAUGAAGAAGGUGCUGUGUCUGGCUGUUGCUGUUGGCCACGUGAAGAUGACUGAUGAUGAGCUGGUCUACAACAUCCACCUGGCUGUCAAUUUCUUGGUGUCCUUGCUCAAGAAGAACUGGCAAAAUGUCCGGGCUUUGUACAUCAAGAGCACCAUGGGCAAGCCCCAGCGUCUGUACUAGGACGUCCCAAUAAACCUUAGUGUUACCGUA